AAAAAUUCAUGCAAAGAAGAAUGAGUCUUCCUUCUGCAGGAAGACCCAGUUCACCAAUGACCGACAUGCCUGAUCAUGCUUGAGAACCAAUCAACUGCAUAUAAACAUGCCUUCUUUGACAUAAACCCGGAUGGGUAAAGAGAAACUAAAACGUCCUUGAACGAUAAACUUUGCAGCAGUACAUUACAGUUUAUCUCAAAGUACAUCUUGUAUAGUAUCAGGAAUGGCUGACCAUCGAUGGCUUUCCAUACUAAAAGAAGAGAUUGGAAAAAGUCCACUGGCUUUAAACACAGUCAUAGGUUUAGUCCUCUUGGGGCUGGAGAAGAUGACAGAAUUGGAAUUUCAGUGUCCGUGCAAUCCUUAUAGGAAUGCAUGGUUUUCCUCAGCAUUCUUUGUCAUUCCAGCAAUGAUGUCUAUUAUUAUGAUGCUGAUCGCAAAUAAUUUCAGAUGUGCAUCGGGAAAGUGUUUGGAACAGUGUGGCAAGCUGAUGUCCUGCGUUACACCAGCAGUGGUGUGGCUGACCCUGCUGUUCUUUGAUGGCAAAUACUACACCUGUGCAGCUACAAGCUGGGAAGGAGAAUAUGUCAACGUGUACAGUGGUGCCCCUCUGAAAUGGUGUAAACCUUUGCAAGUGAAUGAAACUGAAAUGGAGCAACGGAGGCUUCUGUUUAAAGAUUCCCUGUUUUGGUCUCAGGUCGCAGGGCUUAUACUGCUCGGUUUAAUCUUUUUGGGACUUGGAUUGUACCAGUUUUACCAAUGCUGUAAAAAAGGAUAGGGAUUCCUCGAUCCCGACCAACCAAUGGGAGAAUUACUUCCCUCGGAAGAC